UCUGCCGACAGUUGUCAAAGUGAUCUUCAACGCUGUUAGUGAAAGUAAAAAAUAAAAAAAAGAAAUUCCAUACAGUUGCCGUUCAAUAUGAGUGGUACUCAAACUAUGGUUAGCGGUGUCAAAAUCUUUCAGGACAAUUACAUAAUCAAGAAGAUCCUGGAAUGUUUGAGCCUGAGUGAGCAACUACGCCUGCUGGAUGUUAGUGAAUCAUUUCGCUAUGUUAUAGUCAAUCUGAUAUGGCUUGUCAAAUAUCGCACUUUGCAUUUGCACCAAACACUCUAUGAGACGUUGAUAGAUGAGCCUGCUAUGCCAUUGGCCCCUGGAGACGCAGUUGAUAUGGCCAAGCAUGACUAUCUGGGUCUAAACAGAAUCAAACAAUCGAAGGUCGCCUUAAAGGUGCAACUUUGUAAACGCUUCCUGCGGUCACAUGCCCCCAAUGUGAAAAUUCUCAAAGUGUAUUCGGAGUAUUACGAUUUUAAAGGUUUCCAGGGUGUCACCCUUAAUAGCAUUGACAUUUUCAAAAAUAUUCUGCACUUGAGCUACCACAAGCUGGUGGUUACCAAUGAACAGUUGGCCCUUUUGUCUCAGCAUUGUCGUCAACUGCGAAGAGUUGAGUUUAUCGAGUGUUUUUGUGAGGAACUCGCCACCCUCAUACCGGGCGAUAACUUAAAAAUUGAAAAUUUGGUGAAUAUGCCACGCCUGGAGGCUCUUAUCAUUCAAGCGGAUCCCUCGCUGACAGCUCCACGCAAUGAGAUGGAAUGCAACAUUUUGUGGCAACUGCUCAAUGAACUACAGCUAAAAUGCCUUCAGCUGAGGAACAUCACCAUAGUCGACAGCCAAUGGACCGAGGGCAAUGGCGCAGGCGAUUUUCAAGACAUAGACUCGAGCUGCUUGCAGUGCCUGGAUGUUGGCUACAUAUCCGAUGAGUUCUGGCAUACUUUCACAGGUUUCUUGAAGAAGUUGCCCGAAUUGCGUGAACUAUUCAUAAAGGUGGCCAAUUGCAAUACUGCCAUCAAGCUUGCUACGGUGGAGAUAUUGUCUGCGACCUGCCAGCAUUUGCAGCGUUUAUCCAUAGAGAAUUGCGAUUUGCAUGUGGAGAAUUUUUGCGUUUUUAAAAAACUGAAAGAGCUCUCAUUGACCGGCUGUGGUGGCUUUACAUUUGCCAAUUUGCAACAGGUUAUGGGAGGCCUGGAAUUGGAGCGUUUCACCUUAAUCAACACUCGUGUGCUGGGAGUCAUUUAUCACAUCUAUGUCUCGCCCUCCCUGCAGUCCAUUACGGUGGACACCAUACUGUUUACCACCAUUUCGGAGGCAUUCCAAAAGUCCCUUAACAAGUUUGAGAAUUUGCAUUCGCUGAAUUGGCUAAAUGGUGACAUCAAUGACAAUUGGAUCAUUGACAAGUGUCCAAACCUGAGGGUGCUGAACAUACCAAAUGUCUAUUUGCUGCGCAGAGUGGUCUUUACCAUGAAAUCAUUGCAGCACUUAACCUUCACCUCCUGCAAAGGACUUUCGUGGCGUUUCAUAUGGAUUUUGAUAAAAAAUUUAACGCUGAAAUGUUUGAAUUUACAGACUCACGAUCUCAUGAACGACCACAAGGAAAUUCCUCAGAGCACUAAAACUACGCUCCGCAUGAUUAUCAUACCAUUUGGUAUUUUUCAAGAGGCCGAAACAUUUUGGCUGGAUUUAUUGAACUUAAAUGAACGCCUUAAAAUUCUCUUUUAUGGUAGUCAUGAGAAUUUGCUGCACAUAAAUUUUAUUCACAAUUUGCUGAGACACCAGCACCUGCCACAGAGACUACGAUACCUCAAAAUUUGUGGAUUUUCAAUAGAUAUAUGCGACUUGCAGAAUAAACUGAUGGAUACAAUGCAGCAAAUAAAUGGAAAUACUAGUCACUAUCGAUCCAGGAAUAUGCCAUUUACAAUUGAAAUAUAAUGAAGUUGAAAUUAGUCCAUAUUUGUAAACACUGCAACAGGUUGGGGGUGUAUUCAAUUAAACGUACCACUAAAAUCACAAAGUAUUGAUAAUGCUUAAACCAUAACAAAAGGAUCUGGACCAAAUAAAUAGCAAACAACCUUUAAAAGAAA